AUGUCUCAAAAGUCUGACCGACAACGAUCUGUUAUGAUCGGAAGACGGACUGAUCUUAUUUCGUCCAAUGCGUCAUCAUCUUCUUCAUUAACACAAAGCUUGGUACAACCACAACGGGACAUCUCCUCUCCCCAAAGCGCGUCUCCGCUCAGUCCUUCAAAGCUUAGUAAAGACGCUUCACCCAAAAACGUCCCCGAACCCCAACAAGAUUUGAUAUCUCCAAGAGACCCCACGAAAAGAGGACUUUUUUCCGGAUUACCUAUGGACGCCACUGUCGAAGAGAUGCUUGAAAUCAUCGAAGUGUAUAACACCAAAAUCGAAGAGUCGCUGAACAAAUUGGGGAAAGUCGGCCAGUCACAAAUAACACCGACGUUUACUCCGGAGCAGUACAAAUAUGCGCAAGAGUUACUCGAUAAAUAUCCAAAGACUUUGUACCAGUCGUGUUAUAACUUUGGAGGGCCUUCUGAGAUAUCGAAUGAGAUCAACACACUCAAAGAACAACUGUAUUUCUUGGACCAAGCUAUUUACACGUUCAGCGAACAUGUGAAUUCCCCAUAUGUGUUGCCAUAUAGCAAAAGGCAACCCAUUCCCGAAUUUGUGUUUAAGAUCAACAACAAUUAUAACGUCCAGACAGAAGUUAUGAUCCUCAAAAUCCAAAUCCGGCGAUCGUAUUAUGAAUUGUUCUCAUUGAUUAAGACAAUGGAGUUUGUCGGCGACUUGGACAAAGUCAAAGCAUUCAACGAAAAGGUCGACCUCCUCUCGGAGUCACUCAAGAGAAUGAAAGAGAAAAUUGCGAAUGAGAAGCGAACUGCUUUUGUGAAAUUGAGUAUGUACACAGACUCAAAAGGCAUUGAAACGGACGAUAAAGGAAACGUUUUGUCGGGGCCUAUCGAGGCUCUUGUGCGUUGGUUAGUCAACCCUAACAUCGAUAAUAACAUCAAAUUCAUCGAAGCAUUUUUGGUGACGUACAGACAAUAUUUGAAGCCGACCGAGUUGUUUGAGAAGUUGGUUGCGUUGUACCACGAGAAUAAAGUUGGGUCUGAAGAUAAACAGCGGAAUGAGAUCAUGCACAAGACAGUGUUAGUAGUCGUGUUGACGUUGUGUAAAUGGAUGGCUGCAUUUCCUCACGAUUUCUUGGACCAAUGCGAUAAAGGGAUUGGAGUGUUGCCACGAUUGGACGAGUUUAUUAAGGAGAACGAAGCGGAUCCGCUCAUCACCGGUAAAAUUGUGACGAACAGGAAGAUGAUGGUUGAGACGGCGAUGGAUAAGAAAACAAUAGAAGAGCGUCUUGAUAUAGUGAAUGUGAAAGAAGACUUUACUAUAGCGACACUUCCUAUCGAACAAUUUGCACAUCAACUGACGUUGUACGAGUUUGAAAUGUUCAAAGCCAUUGAAGCAAAAGAAAUGCUUGGGAAUGCGUGGACAAAGCCAGAUAAGACGGAGCGUAGUCCCAAUUUGUGUAUGUUGAUUGAUCACUUCAAUUCAAUCACUAAUUGGGUCAUCUCCACAAUAGUCGACGAACCAUCAGUCAAACAACGUGGCGUGAUCGUCAAGAAGUUUGUUUCGAUAGGAGAAGAGUUACUUCGAAUCAACAAUUAUAAUGGUGUCUUUGAAUUUUUCUCGGGGUUAAAUUCAACACCAGUUGGUCGUCUGAAACAGACGUGGGAGAAAGUCGGGACGUUUUCACAAAUAAUGCAAUCGUUGGAAAGAGUCACAGUCCCAACGGGGAGUUAUCAGGUGUACAGAGCGGACAUCAAAGCACAUCAAAACUUCCCUUGUAUUCCUUUCUUCGGUGUCUACUUACAAGACCUCACCUUCAUCCAUGAAGGAAAUGAAGACAAAAAAGAAAAUGGAGACGUCAACUUUGAGAAGUGUAGUUUGACGACAAAAGUGAUCGAAGACAUGCUCUUUUAUAAGAGGAAAUAUGAGUAUUACCGAAACCCUGAAAUCCUUGCGUUCAUCAGAAAACUUAAUGUGAGGUAUUUGGCGAUCGGGGAGAAGGAACUCUAUGACAAAUCACUCAUCAUUGAGCCACGACAACAAGGUAAAGCCAAGAAGAAAUAA